UUCUCACGUCUCUCCCCCUAGAUUUCACAAUUAAGAACCACGCGCUACAAAAUGAAGGUCUCUCCACGUUUAUUAUUUGCAUCAGCUUCGGCGGCAGGUACGGGAUCGGGAUUUAGAGCCGCUCCUCUGGCUUUAUUACCUCCCAUUCCACUGUAUAGAAGAUUAUUUAGGGCGCAUAGAAAACAUUUACCUCGGGAGAUGAGGUUAAUCGGGGAUGAGUAUAUUAAGAAUGAGUUUAGACAGCAUAGAGAUGUGGAGAAUCCGGUGCAUAUUGUGAGUUUUGUGGAUUGGUUGAAGUGGGAAUAAAGGGCUAAUUGAGGGAUAGAUUGGCUUCUUAACGGAAUGGCAGAUGUAUGCACAGAAACUUGAGGGAAGAAGUUGGAUCGGGGAACGUAUGGAUAAGGAAAAGAUUGAUAAGAUGAGUGGUAUAUACUCAAGCCGCUUGUAAUUGGAGAAGGAGAAUACUAAUGCCGUACUUAGACCAGCAAUUGGGACAAUUGUAUGAGCUCAUGCAAGCAAUACGGAAGAAGCAAGCAGAGGAAAAUGAAGAGGAUUCGGGGCCUGAACAGUUGUGAAUAUAAAUGGUUCGUCUUGUACUAUAUAUAUGUACAUUUAUAAAUGGGAGGCGGAGUUCAGGAAGGAAGAUUGGUAGAUCGGGAGCUAGUGUUUCUUCUUCAUGAUUGUAUGGGACAUGUAUACACAUACAUAGGUACAUUAUGGUUCUCACCUGAGAAGUGUGAUGGGAUUAUUAGGACUACUUUCAGUAGUCACGUUUUGUUUCCCUCUAUGUGAAUCAUGGUAGUGUGAAAGAGAAUUGUGCUUUCUUUUGGGAGGCAGUCCAGCAAUUCACUGCACAUCUUCAUGUCUCCUACAAGAACACACAUUUAAAACUCAUCUCCUUCCAGUUUGCGUUUAUGAGGACG